AUAAAGGAACAAGUGAAUCAUUCGACCUCAGCAUCAUGAAAUUAGACGAAAGAAUGUUGAAACGCUCCGUGGGUAGUUCUCCUUUAAUUUUAUUAAUUUUCAGUUGUCAAUUCAUUAAACAAAACCCACCUACAUUGGGAUUCUGAAAACGGUGGUUGACUGAAAGCACUAUACAUGGCUGCCAUAUGUUAAGUUAUGGAGCAUUGUUCGGUCUCUCCGAAGCCCAAUCCUUCCGCCACUUCUUCUGCUCACACACACACAUACACACACUCAACAGUUUUGAGGAACGCGUGCUAUGAAUUGGUGAUUAUUUCAAUGGUUUCUCGGUUCAAAUUUGACCUUUUCUCUACCCAUUUGUUAUCUACCCCAAAGAUUCCCAUAAAUCUUUGAACCCUAGCUCCGUGGUUUUGUAAUUGAACAUGCAAUCUGGAGAUUGAUCAUGAAUGUUGCUGCAAAUUCCGAGCGAUGCAUGUGGUGGAGUCUGUGAAGAGGUGAAAGACAAUUAAAAUGAAAGGGCAAUGCAACAAUUCCUUGAAGAUGUUACUGAGCCUAGGAAUCGACGAUUUACAUGAUGAUAGCUUUGAAGGUUCCCCGAACGAAGACACCAUUUUUAAAGAUGUGUUCUUUGGGCACGAAAAUGGCAGAAGUAGCAAAAAGUGUCUUGUAACAGGAGCAAUCAAUUUCGAAAAUGACGAUAAUACCCCUAAGAAUUCAUCGUUUCCAUCAACCGGUGAACAUUCGAUUACGACAACUCAGGAAGAUUCCGGUAGCCUCUCUGAAGAAUUCGUUUCAAUCAAACGGAGAAAGGUCUCGCUUCCAGAACAUUCUAUUCCCGAUGUAGAAAAGAUCGUUAAUUCUGAAACCCCAUCAAAAGAAACCGAUUCUUGUUCAUGCCAACGGAGUUCUAUUGUCACGUGUCGUUUGGUUGAAUCAUCUCUUCAUGGUGUUAAGUCCAGAUGUUAUCUACUUAAAGGACACGUGUCAGAUCAGAAUGCCACCAAGUGUAGAUUAUGUUGCUUCAACACAAAUUACCCACAUGAUUCACCCGUUAAAUAUUACAAAAAAUUACAGAAAGAUUCUUGUUAUUUGGAACUCGAUGAAAAAGAUGAUCAAGAUCGAAAGAUUCAUCCUUUAUCGGAUACCACUUCUUGCCAAACAAUUAACGUCGAUGAAGAUGAAAACGAAGAUGAAGAUGAAGAUCAAGAAAGUUGCAGAAAACUUUCGUUUUCUUCUUUUGAAGACGAAAACAACAAAUCAGAGUCUAAAUUUAAGCGUCUAAAGCGUAGAAAAGGAAAACCCAGUGAAAAACGAAAAACCCAUGUCCGAAAUGUUUCAAAAAAGUACAAAAAUCGGAUGAAUAAUUGCAGGUUGCUUCCACGUGGCAACGAUGAAGAUCAUCAUUUGAAAGAGAAUUGUUUUCCCAUUGGUGUAAGAACAAGAACAGUGUUAUCCUGGUUGAUAGAUUCUGGAGUUAUUCAAGUCAAUGAAGUUAUCGAAUACAGAAAUCCGAGGGAUAAUUUCGUAAUUAAACAUGGUUUAAUCACGCGAGAUGGUAUUCAGUGUGGAUGCUGUGGUAACAAGUUUUCUGUCUCUAAAUUCAAGAUUCAUGCUGGGUUCACCCUAAAUUGCCCAUGUUUAAAUCUUUUCAUGGAAUCCGGAAAAUCGUUGACUUUAUGUCAAUUGGAAGCUUGGUCAACGGAAUAUAAAGUCAGAAAUGGUCCCACACAAACUGUAAAUGUUCAAGAAAUCGAUCAAAAUGAUGAUAGUUGUGGUCUUUGUGGUGAUGGAGGCGAUUUAAUAUGUUGUGAUAAUUGUCCCUCAACUUUUCAUCAAGAAUGUUUAUGUUUACAGGAGCUACCUGAAGGUGAUUGGUAUUGUCCAAAUUGUUCUUGUUGGAGAUGCGGGAAUGUGGUCGAUAUUCAUAAGGCCAAAAUAAAAAGUGUUUGGAAAUGUUUACAAUGCAAACAUAAAUACCACAAGGAAUGUGUUAGGGAGAUUGAAGUCGGAAUUGGGAUGGAACCUUCUACCUGGUUCUGUAGUAAAAGCUGUAAGGAGAUUCACUCGGGCCUUGAUUCCAGAGUCGGAAUGAUGAAUUCCAUCUCUGAUGGUUUCUCGUGGACGCUUUUGAAGUGCACUCAUGGAGACCGGAAUGUCCUUUCCGAUCACCAUUUUGUUGCCCUGAAAGUGGAAUGGAAUCUGAAAUUAGCAGUUGCCCUUACAAUUAUGGAGGAGUGUUUUCUUCCCAUGAUUGAUCCAAGAACCGGAAUCAAUUUGAUACCCCAUGUACUUUAUAAUCAAGGGUCUGAAUUCGCACGUCUAGACUAUGAGGGAUUCUAUACAAUGGUAUUGGAGAAAGAUGACAUGUUAUUAAGUAUAGCAUGUUUAAGGAUUCAUGGGAUAGGAGUUGCAGAGAUGCCCCUAAUUGCAACAUGCAACAAAUAUCAAAGACAAGGAAUGUGUAGGCGUCUCAUGAAUGCUAUUGAAGAGAUGCUAAAGUCUUUGAAGAUUGAGAAACUUGUGUUGUGUGCAAUACCGAGUUUAGUGGAGACAUGGACAAAAAGCUUUGGUUUCAUGCACUUGGAACCUCAAGAAAAGAAGUACUUGAGGAGUAUCAACUUAAUGGUGUUUCCAGGAACCACAUGGCUUAAAAAACACAUUUACAAAGGGGAAAUCCAAAAUACUCCAAUGGAAAAUGUAGCUUCUUCGUAUCGGGGUUUUGGUUUUGUAAAAGAUAAGAUAAUAUCCAUCAAAGGGAAAGGGAAAGGGAAAGAAUCGUUGCAAAAAGAUGGAGAACAAGAACAUGAUUUGAAGGACAAACAACAUUCAAGAUUUGAAAGAAUGUCUUUUGAAAUGGUUUGUGGGGUAAAAUGAUAUGAUUAGUAUGCUAGAAAAAUAGAUUUUGCUAUGAAUAUAUGAAGCAGUCGGGAUGUAUAUAUUUAAGAAAGUGAAGGUGGUGGAAGCCAGUUUUGUAGUUUUGGCAACGAUA